AUGGCUGACAUCCUUGAUCGUACCUUGACGGGCGAUUCAUCGAUUCAGAAUCCAGUAGCUAUUAAUUCUUCUGUCGAUCCUAUCGACUCCUUAGCAGAAGCACAACUUCAAGCUGAGGCUAACGCUAUCUUGUACAACAUUCCAACGGUAUUCAACAUCAACAAAUCCUCAUCAUAUGCUUGA